AUUUUCUUUUGUUUGUUGUCUACAAUCUGUCAUCGCAACUAAAUAUAAAAAUAAACAUGUCAGGUGAAAAAUUAUGAAUAAUUUUACCAUAACAAUGGAAUGAAAAUGCACUUUUUGAAAUUGUAUGAACCAUUGUUAUCCUUUUUGCGGUUUGGGUGGGAGAUAUAUUGAUUUUCCGACCUGUUGAAUGUUUAGUAGACGUCUAAUGAGUUCAAGAUCUCUUCUAGCGGAACUUGAAGAACAAUCUGUUGGAUUAUUGGGAAAUUCAAAUAUGGAAGCUAGAGCUGAACAUCAAAAAGUGAAACAAUACCAAACUUUAUAUACAUUUACAACAUGUAUAGGAGUCGGAGUUUGCGUGUUAAUGCUCGUCUGGGUUCUUAAUUUUAGAAAAGGACUUGCUUGGCAGUCACAGCCAGGUCUUGAAUUCAACUGGCAUCCUCUUCUAAUGAGUAUAGGAAUGAUCUUUUGUUAUUCUCAGGCAAUUCUUUUAUACAGAACUGGGAGAAACUAUCAAAAGAAAACCCUCAAGAUUCUUCAUGCAAUGUUAAACUGCCUGGCGUUCAUUUUAGCAGUUAUUGCCCUUAAAGCCGUUUUCGACUCGCAUAAUUUACAAAACACUCCAAAUCUGUAUACGCUGCAUUCUUGGAUUGGACUGGCCACUGUCAUUAUUUUUGCCGCACAAUUUUUAGCCGGAUUCAUCACCUUCUUAUACCCAGGAUUAUCGCCAACCUUAAGAUCGACCAUUCUACCCAUUCACGUAGUAUUCGGAACAAGUUGCUUCAUAGGAGUGAUAGUCGCAUCAGUAAGCGGACUCUUAGAAAAAGCCAUAUGGGCCGUUAAGGAUUACCAAAGCUACGGCACGGAAGGAAUGUUCAUCAAUAUUAUAGGAAUAUUUAUCAUCUUUUAUGGUAUUUUGGUGCUCUAUUUGGUAAACAAUGUAGAUUACAAAAGAGUUGCUUUAGCUGAUGACCAAAUGCCGCUGGAAAGAUCUGAAUAAUUGUUUUAAGUUGUUAAAAAACGUGGAAGUGCAAAAUCAUCAAAUUAAUAUUAGUUAUUCACUAAGUUAAUACAGUGGCCUACUCGAUUGCCGGUUUUAAAUCCUCUAGAUUUUUGCAAUUGGUGUUCUCUUAAGUCAUUAGUGUAUUCCACUCCCGUCGAAAAUGUUGGCCACUUGAGGAAUCACAUCACAGCCUACUGUGAAAUAACAUAUUAUGUUUUCCAUCUUUUGCGCUAAUUCGUUAUUAACUGAUUGAAUCUAUGAGUAGCUCAAAUAUUAAUAUUAAUAAGUAUUUUCAUUUUCAUUAAAAGUGAUGAAUCAAAUUAUCUAUUUCUUUAGAUAUUGCAAUGAAAAGAUCCAAUAGUGAUAGAGUUGUUUUACGUAAUAAAUUGCUAUUUUGUAACUGCUAAACUCGAAUCACGAUUGAAGAUUGCUACAGUUAUAAAAGUUGCUGUGCUGCUAUAAAGCACUCAGGGUGAUUUUACAUAUGUUGCUAACCUAUGUAGACACGCUGUAUAUAAAUAACGAAGCUCUCAAAAACAGAAGAGAUUGUCAGCUUCAGCAUUAAUUUUAUUAAAAGUGCGUUGGAAUAGAAUGUUAGAUGCUUACCAAAAUUUAAAGAUGCUGCCAUUAAUGUUUUUCUUGGACAGAGCAAAAAACAAAAUAUAGGAUGAAUUUUUUUUAGAUUAGGAGAUGUAAUAUUCAUUGACUUAUAAAAUAGUCUUUUAUUUUUACAUGUUUUUUUGUAUGGUCUAUAGUCUAUGAGUUCCAGUAUUAAGUAACACCUUACCCUUCUUGGUUAAAUUAUAUCUUAUCAUAAUAAAAAGUCUUAAAAAUGUUCGUAACUGCUUCGUUUGAGCGAGUCUACCAUUUUCUAAACAAAUUUUGAGUGCAGGUUGGACGCGUUUCCGCGUCCCGCGUCGUUAACGUAUUUACAUUGUCGGACUAACGAAACGCGGCUGUAAAUUUGUCCGACAAGAGAUCGAUAAGUACUUUAAAUUGAAAAUUAAGAGUUUUAUAAUCACAAAACUACCGCACUAGAGUGACAUCUUGCGCGUGUCGGACUCUACGAUUUUGUUAUUACAAAACUCUUAAUUUUCAAUAAUUUAAAGUACUCAUAUUUAAUUAAUAAAGAUUGUUGAUCUCUUGCCGGACAAAUUUACAGCCGCGUUUAAUUAAUCCGACAACGCAAAUAUGUUAAUGACGCGGGAUGCGUCCAACCUUGUAGCAGUCCCACUAAAGGCUAUUUUGUAACAUUAACACGUCAAAUGCCAACGCCUCGACAGUGGAAGCCAUUUUUGUAUAACAAAUAAUGUGGUGCUACGUAACCUUACGGAGUACCUCGGUAGCUCUAAGUCUUCAGAUAUCUAGGGGUGUGGAUUCUUAAUAGAUUUUAUAAAUAUAAUAGAAACUCAAUUGCUCGGGGGGCGCCAUAAUUAAACGAAACAUACUUAAAACUUCAAAAAAAAAUUAAAGUAACAAGUUAAUAAAAAUAUAUAGUCAUCAUAAGAUACAAACACAUUUACUAGUCCAGAAAGCCACUGCGCAUCCGCUAGGUAAAAUAUUCUAAUUCGGAUUUUUUGCACAAUCUUACUCAAAAAAGACUCCUUUUAACAAAUUUGCAUGUUGCCAGGACCAAAAGUUGGUCAAAAAUUUUUUAAACGUUUUUUUUUGUUUUUUUUCCUAAAAUUAUUUUUUUGCAUGGAAAAAAGUUUUUUUAGUUUUAUUGGAUCAAUCCAAACAGAAAAGGUCUUUAGUGACUAUUCUCUAAAAAUUAUAGUUUUUAACAUAUAAGCGAUUAAAAAUUGAAAAAUUGCGAAAUCGGCCAUUUUUAACCUUCAAAAACUAUGUGAAAAACUGAACAUUUAAAUUUUGCCAAGGUAGGUAGAUAUUCUUUAAACAUCGAUUGAUGAAAUUCCGAAGAGUUUUUUUCAAUACAAUAUUCAAAACUCCUUUGUUUUUUAAUUGCUAAUCAAGCGUGCGCGACACUAUUUUCCACCGACAGUGUGGUGCAAAUGAAAGGAAUAAAUUCGUUACUUCGUAAACCGGCGACUUUAAGGAAAAAUCCCGAAACAGGUCGAUUUUUAUUUUUAAGUUAUGAUAUUGUGGCAUAUAUGGUAUACUAGUGACGUCAUCCAUCUGGACGUGAUGACGUAAUCGAUGAUUUUUUUAAAUGAGAAUAGGGGUCGUGUGCUAGCUCAUUUGAAAAGUUCUUCAAUUCUCUAUUCAGUAAUAUAAACAUUUACAUAAUUAUUUAUACACGGUGUCCAAACAAUUUUUAUUAAAUUAAAUUAUUUGACAAAAAAGAAGUAGAAGGACACCCUGUAUAAAUAAUUAUGUAAAUGUUUACACUACUGAAUAGAAAAUUGAAGAACCUUUCAAAUGAGCUACCACACGACCCCUAUUCUCAUUUAAAAAAAUCAUCGAUUACGUCAUCACGCCCAGACGGAUGACGUCACUAGUAUACGAUAUACGCCACAAUAUCAUAACUUAAAAAUAAAAUCGACCUGUUUCGGGAUUUUUCCUUAAAGUCGCCGGUUUACGAAAUAGCGAAUUUAUUCCUUUCAUUUGCACCAUACUGUCGGUGGAAAAUAGUGUCGCGCACGCUUGAUUAGCAAUUAAAAAACAAAGGAGUUUUGAAUAUUGUAUUGAAAAAAACUCUUCGGAAUGUCAUCAAUCGAUGUUUAAAGAAUAUCUACCUACCUUGGCAACAUUCAAAUUUUCAGUUUUUUACAUAGUUCUUGAGGGUUAAAAAUGGCCGAUUUCACAAUUUUUCAAUUUUUAAUCGCUUAUAUGUCAAAAACUAUCAUUUUUAGAGAAAAGUCACUAAAGGCCUUUUCUGUUUGGAAUGAUCCAAAAAACCUAAAAAACUUUUUUCCAUGCAAAAAAAAUAAUUUUAGGAAAAAACAAAAUAAAAACGUUUAAAAAAUUUUUGACCACCUUUUGGUACUGGCAACAUGCAAAUUUGUUUAAAGGAGUCCUUUUUGAGUAAGAUUGUGCAAAAAAUCCGAAUUAGAAUAUUUUCCCUAGCGGAUGCGCAGUGGCUUUCUGGACUAUACGUAAAUAUAAAUAUAUCAGGACCUACCUUAGUGUUCUCAUGUUGAUUUCUCACUUAUGAACAAGAGAAAGGGAUCAGAUAAUAUUAUCAAUCAAAAAAAUAUAUUAUAAAAUGAAUAAACUUUUUAUUAAAAUUAAAAAAUAAAAUAAAAUGAAAUGAUGGAUCUCUUGUAGACAAUAUAAGAGAUUCUGUUUACAAAAACAAUAAAAAGGUUUACAAACAAUACCUUGUCAUAUAGUCCUGUCCUUAUUCUUCACGUUGUGAAUAUCCAAAGCACGCACUUUUCACUGAAUUUGGAUAAACAAUAGUACAAAAAUGUUUAUUUUAAUGAAAAGUUUCAGCAAAACUAAAUAAACUUCCAAAUGUGCUCAUAUUGACUUUUAAAUAACUUUUGAGGUAUUUAGGAUUAUCUUUAGCACUUAAUCCAUAACUGCUUCCGAAAAGGAACUUAGGUAGUGUCGUAUACACUAAAAUAAACAAGAGUGGCAUUUUCUAGUUUCUCACACUACAUUUUCAGGAACCUAAAAAUUUGAUUAAAAACUACGUCAGAACUUAAUCUUUGAACUUAACUUUCUCAGAAAACCGCCAAGCGACUGCUGCCGAGGCUCUACCAACCUCUCUACUUGGAUGCCCAAACUUGAAUUCCUUCUAUCUCACCACUUGAAUGAAUCGCCCUAAACCAAAACGCUUCCUUCCAAAAACCCACUCCAUUUCUCUCAUUCCAACCUACUCAUCCAAUCAACCAAUAAGAAAAAAGUUUAAUCCUUCCUUCUUUCAUCAUUGACCAACAGAAAAAAACAAAACAUGUCCUAAAUCCAACCUCUUUGGUAGGGAAUUAUACUCUUUGGCCAAUAGGGUCAUUUAGCCAUGUCAGCGAUCCUUACUUAGCUCCAACAUUUUGAAGAAAGGUAUUGCUGAGUCCUCAAUUAACACCCGCGCUUUCUGAUAUUGAUAUUAGCACGCAUUGUGUACCUAGACUCCAAAGACUUCUGGCGCCAAAGACCAUUAUCUACAAUGUAACUAUUUUUUACAUCACAAACUGAACGGUAAAAGUUCAAUUUUCGAGCGAUAAUAUAAACACAGAAAAACCGAAAUUAGACAUGACUGCAAAAUAAUAUAACGUAUUUCUUUAACAAAACUGAUAAACUACAAUUGAAUUAUUCUCACGUUUUUUCAAGACAGAAAUAAAUUCUUAGAAUUUACCUGGUAUAUGAAGCGAUAUUCUUAUGUCUACAGGGUAAGACAAAAAUAUGUAACAAUGACAUUUACGAUUUUUGGUUUCUGGAUGAGGCAAAUUGAUUGAGUUCUUGUGAACCGUUUCAACCUGCACUCUGAAAUUUUUCAGAAAAUGGUAGACUCGCUCAAACGAAGCAGUUAAGAGCGUUUUUAAGCCUUUUGUAAUCAUCUUCCAAAAAGGACGAUGUACUGUGGACUAUACUUUAAACGGUUCAAAAUACAAGUGAACCAAGUCCACUUUUAUAUUUUUUGGGGUAAUGACAUGAAAUUUGUUCCAAUAGAAGUUGUUUGGGGCCAAUAAACGCAAAGUAAAUGUCUUAAGUUACUCCUUGACUUUCUAAUGAAAUAUAUACUUUUAAAAAUUUUAACAGAUAAUUUUGUUAUGAAGCUUUAACUUUAAACUUCUGUAACUCAAAUUUAGUUAAAGUGGACUUGGUUCACUUGUAUUUUGAACCCUCGAUUUAUUGAAUCCCUACAAAUUCUUCAUUAUAUUUCCUAUAACUUUUAUAUUAAGAACUAAUUAAUAUUUUUUAAUUUUUGACGUGAUUAGUUUUAAAAAGUGAUUAUUUUGCACUUUCCGAUUUUAAAAUAACUCUUAACCUGAAUAUCACAAGAAACAUAUUGGACAUAUUUAAAUUAAUCAGUAUCUAUGGGUUAUAUAUCAUUAUUUUUAUUCUUAGUGAUUUUAUAAAUUAUAUUUUAUUUUAAUCUAUUUUUUCAUACUGGUAUACUUAAUUAUCUACUUAAUUAGUUUAAUUUAAAAAUAAUGGUGCCUCUUAUUUGAACCAAUGUAAAGCCAAAUCUAAUCUUUUGUCCAUUUGUCCCUAUACAGAGAGCACGUAAAGGUUGGAAUAAAUUCAUUUUCUCAAGAAUGGACCAUUUUGGAAAAAAAUCCCAAAACAGGUCAAUUUCUAUUUUUAAAUUACGACUUUUUUGCAUAUAUAUCAUACUAGUGACGUCACCCAUCUGGGCGUGAUGACGUCAUCGAUGAUUUUUUUAAAUAGGAAUAGGGGUCGUGUGAUAGCUCAUUUGAAAGUUAAUUUAAUUCUCUAUUCAGUAAUAUAAACAUUUACAUAAUUAUUUAUACAGGGUUAACAAAAAAACAUUUUUUUAAUUAAACUUAUUGACAUAAAAAGAAGAAUGCAUUUAAAUUAUUUAGUCCAAAAUACAUUUUCCUGCACUCAGAAAACAAAAAAAAAAUGUUUAUUUAAAAAAUAAUCAUUGCUUUUCGCUUAAAUUAAACGUUGAAACUGUCAAGGGGAAGGUGGGUGGCGGCUUUAAUAUUGAAUUUAGGGAAAAAACAAUACUUAUUUGUCAAAUAAACAUUUUUUUCUGUUUUCUGAUAGUAGUAAAAAAGUAUUUUGAGUUAAAUAAAUUACACACAUUCUUCUUUUUAUGUCAAUAAAUUUAAUUCAAAAUUUUUUUUUGGCACUCUGUAUAAAUAAAUAUGUUAAUGUUUAUAUUAUUGAAUAGAGAAUUGAAUUGCCUUUCAAAUGAGCAAUCACACGACCCCUAUUCUCAUUAAAAAAAAUUAUAGAUGACGUCAUCACGCCCAGAUAGGUGACGUCACUAGUAUGAUACAUAUGCCAGCAAGUCGCAAUUUAAAAAUAAAAAUUGACCUGUUUCGGGAUUUUUUUCCAAAAUCGUUCAUUCUCGAGAAAAUGAAUUUAUUCCAACCUUUACGUGCUCACUGUAUAUCGUUACAUAGGAAUGAUACAUAAAAUAUAGAUCAAAGGAUUCGAUCUAUAAAUAUACAGAGUGAAGAAAUCGUCCUCAAUAGAGAGUAAAUACUGACAUAGCUCUGACUUUUUUGACAACCUAAAUCGGAAGUCAUUGAUAUAGUGACUUGAAUGUUGAUUAUAUUGUGGCUAUGGUGCUUUUUGUUUUAUUGUUAUAAUCUAUUUUUAGUAAUAGAAAUUUUGUGAUGUAUUCAUGUUCCUUAUGCUAUGUUCUACAUGGAUUUCUUCUAUUAUCUAUUCAAUAGUUUUAACAUUAGAUCUGCAAACAUUACUUCUUGACAGUUUCUUUGAGAGAUGUAACGAAGCAGGCCUGGGUCUGAACAUAUAGACCAGGACUAAUCUGUAAAAAACGUGUAUUUUUGGAUGUGAGAGGUGGCAUUCGGAUUUUUGCAGAUAAAGUUAGGUGACAACUUCAAUAAUAAUAAUUGACUUAUGCUCCUUCUCAAAUAUGCCCGGAACAUCAAUAAAAAAAUUUAAAUAUUUAAAAAUUUCGAAAAACAUCGAUUUUUCUGCUUUCUUUGCUUCUAACUUUAAAACGGUUCGUUUUGGAACAAAGUCUUACAGAAAUAAAAUAAAGAUUAUUGAAUUUUGUAUGAUAUACGACUGGUCAAAAAUAUCUUAAGGUAUUAGCUUUUCUGCAAUAUAGCAAUAAAUACAAAAUAAGGGGGCAAAAUACGCCUGUUGUUAUUCAAUGUUUCUUAGUCACUUUGGCGGCACUUAGAACCUUAGUAAUUCGCUUAGAAAAUUCUUAUAACUUACUUAAAUGGUCUACCAAAUUUUAUUAAAAUCUAUUUAAUAGAUUUUGCAUAAUAAAUUUGCAAUGUAAAUGUUUUAAAAAAAAAUCAAAUUUUUUAAAAUCUUUCUGAACAAAAAUUAGACCAUUUAGAAGUUGGCCAAUUUUUUUACAUAUAAAGAGGUGCUCUACCUAUCUAAUACACUUUACAGAAUUAAAAUCGGAUUAUUUAAGGGGCCUCGGCAAUGUUUUAAAAUUAUAAACAAUUUUUUGGCUUAUAAACAAAUAGCUUUGUUUAAUAAUAAAAAAAUUAAUUUUUAGCAAUGCAAAUAAUUAAAACCGGUAUAAUUUGACUUAAACUUUCAAAUGCUGUCAGCAGAAUUGCUAUUUUAUUUUUUAAUCAAAAGUUAUUCUCGUUCAAACAUUGCAAUUUUUCGAUUUUUUGAAUGUUCCACUGUGUUUAUCUCGAAAACUAUACAUCAUACGAAAAACUUGUAAGAACAUUUUUUGCUUAGAAUUACCCAAGAAAUACAAAAAAUGUUUUAUUUUGCGAAAAAUCGAUGUUAUGUAAUUCCUCAAGUUCUUCGUUUAUUUCUGGACACAGCACUAAUUUGUUUAUAAGCCACAAAAUUGUUUAUAACUUUAAAACAUUGCUGAGGCUGCUUAAAUAAUCCGAUUUCAUUUCUGUAAAGUGCGUUAGAUAGAUGGAGUGCUUCUUUAUAUGUAAAAAAAUUGACAAAUCUUUGUAUGUUCUAGUUUUUGUUGUGCAAGAUUUUAAAAUUUUUUAAUUUUUUAAAAAAAGUUUAGAUUGCAAAAUUAUUAUGCAAAAUCUAGUAAGUCCAUUUUAAUGAAAUUUGGUGGACGGUUUUAACAUAUUACAAAAAUUUUCUAAGCGAAUUAGGAAGGUUCCAAGUGUAACCUAAGUGAUGGAAAAACAUUGAAUAAGGACAGGCUUGUUUUGCCCCCUUAUUUUAUAUUUAUUGCUAUUUUGCAGCAAGGGUGUUAAAUUAAGACAUUUUUAACCAAUCGUAUCUGAUGGAAAAUUUAAUUAUCUGUGUUUUAUUCUUAUACGACUUUGUUCCAAAAUGAAUCGUUUUAAAGUUAUAAGCAAAGAAAGUAGAAAAAAAACGAAAUUUUUUGAAAUUUUUAAACAUUUUAAAUUUUUUAUUAAUGUUCCGGGCAUAUUUGAGAAGGAGCAUAAGUCAAUUAUUAUUAACAAAGUUAUCACCUAACUUUAUCCGCAAAAAUCCGAAUGCCACCUCUCACAUCCACCUAAAAACAGAUCCUUCCUGGUCUAAUAUGGAAAACCUAAAUACUCAUAAUAAGUAAACAACAGAAUAUAAAUCCGUCUGUGUAUAUGUAAAUAGCACUAAACUUAGCCAAGUUGAUCAAAUUGUUUACCUUGGAUCAGUUAAAUUGCAAUGCAGAGAGUCAUGGCGAAAUUAAAUCCAGAAUUGAGCAGACCAGAGCUGCUUUUAGAAUGAUGUCCAAGGUAUUAAUAACAGAGACCUAAAAUUAGCAUUGCGGAUCCAUCUACUUCGCUGCUGUGUUUUAGGUCUCACUUUAUAGUGUCUAUCUUAGACUGUAAAUAAAAUUGAUCUAAAUCGCCUCGAGGCUUUCGAAAUGUGGUGCUAUAGAAAAAUUUGCAAAGUUUCUUUUUCCAUAAGCCUCUUUUUAUUUCCAUAAGCAAAAAUUUCGACUAUGGGAAGACUGGUGUAUAUAUUGAAACAUUGAAUAGAUAAUAAAUUUAAUAUUACCAUUGUGCAACUAAUAGUUUUAAGCAGGUCUUAAUCAUACGUUAGAUAAAUACUUUGGUGCUUUUUGUCAACAUAUAGCCAAAGCUGCGGUGCUUUUUGGAAUUGUUAUUCAAUUUAUAUUUAUACUCUAUGUUAUCUUAUUUAAACAUAGUAUGUUUUGUUAACUUAUAGGUGCAAAUACUUACCCAUCUAUUAUAAUUUUUGAACUGAUUUACAGCAUAUAUUCGGCCACAAGUUACAAAAGAAAAUGCUCAAAUUAAAUACCCAAUUCAGUAGUUAUCAAUAUGUUUAAAAUCAAAAACAAUGUAGAUGAAAAAACAGAUUUUUUAAAUUAAUCAAUACAAUAGAAAAUGAUUAUAGAUAUAAUAAUUUGAUCCAAAUAGUCAAAUGACUUCUAGGAGGUAUCUGGUGAAAGUAUUAGAAAGUUGAAACUGGGUGUCAACUAUAUAUUAGAGCCAUAAUUUUAUGUAAGAUGUAUAACAUCUUUACCCUACCUACCGUGUCUCUGAAGAUUUCUAUUGAAUUGCAUUUAAACCAGUUCCUUAAAAUUUUCAACUAUGACACUCUCCUUCUUCCUUAGGUCAUUAUGUUAUAAAAGGUAACAGGCAACUCAGUUGUCAUAAUUAAUUAUUACCUAUUAACCCACUUACCACGUGUGGGAGUCAUAUGUUGCCCUAAAGCCACAUCCACAUAGGAAUUAUAUCCAUGCGUUGGAUUUUACGAUGUUAACAUUUAUAUAAGACUUUUAGUCUAUUUUUAAAAAGUUUUAACCUUAGUAUUUUUGGGUGGUUUACCAUGUUCUUGUAACACUGAUGAUGCUCCUGUUACAGAGCGAAAACGUUUUGUUUCUAUGUUUGUAGCCCUAUAGGGGCGUUUUAAACUAAUAUAGCUUUUAUUAGGACAAAAAUUUUUUAUUAAAUUUUACUCAUCAAGGUUACUUCCAAGGUACGUUAUUUUGUUACUCUUUCCAGAUCUCUUCCGUCAACAUUGACCUUCAACCUUCUGUUUUGGUUUUGGCGCUUGCUGAUGACCAUCUUUUUUGUCUUCUUUGUAUUCAAUUUCAUUCCAAAUUCUCUACAGGCUGUCGUUACUCGGUCUAUUAGGCGUUGCAGUGCUUCAGCAUUAUCUGCCAGAAUGACCGUGUCAUCAGCGUAUCGCAGAUUAUUUAUACAUUGCCCGUUAAUAAUUAUGCUAUCCGAGGUGCCUUCCAAAGCUUUUUUAAAUAUCUUCUCAGAGUAAACGUUGAACAGCAAAGGUGACAGGCCGCAUCCCUGUUUUACUCCCUUCUCGAUAUCGAUUUUUCCAGAUGUUUUAAAAUAAUUUUUAUUCAAUUUUAAAAUAAUUGUUAUUAAAUAAUUGUAAAAUUAUGGCACUUAUAUCAAUUAAUAAUAGGUACAACAUUUCUGUGACAAUAAUCACAUGUACUUUCAAUAUAUUUUUGUAUUGUUACGUUGUGUUGAUAUGUUGUGCUAUAUUAACUGAACUGAAAGCUUAAAACAUAUAAUAGUUACUUUAUUUUUAUAUUCAUGUACCUUAAGUCUGUCUUGACUGUUUUAUUAUACUUUAAUAAUAUGUAUACAUAUACAGAUAUUCUUAAAAUAAACGUAUAUGCCUCUGA